AUGACGAUCCGCAAAAACAAUCCGUGGGAGACCAAGUCGGAGAUAUCAGGGCUCAUACCCCUCCCUGAACGAGAUGUCUCGCUGUUCGCCCACACAUCAGGCCCGCCCCGUCACCACGGGGAGCCUGUGGUGAUUCUGUUCACCGGCGCCGGCGCACCAGCAGCCACGUACGUCAAGGUGCAACAGCACCUCAGCCGCUUCGUUCGUACACUCUUCUACGAUCGAGCUGGCUAUGACCAAAGCACCUUGCCCUCCUCGAACGUGGAGUCAUUGACAGCGCACAACACGGCCCAUGAUCUCGACGCGCUGCUGGAGAAGAUCGGCGUCUCCCCGCCGUACAUAUUGAUCGGCCACUCGUACGGAGGAAUCCCCCUCCGGGAAUUCUUGCAUCUUCAGCUCACGAAGCAUCGACCGCCGUUGUCCCCGCUGGCAGUUAUCGCUGGCGUGGUAUUGUACGACACGGGCACCGAGGUCGCAUUUGCAUUGUUCCCGCGGAUCCCGAGCGCCGAUCUCGUCGCCGUGACCAAGGACGUCGACUGGAAGGCAUUGACGCAUCUCCGACAAGAGUCAGGCAUGACGGACGACGAGUGGGAUUGUGCCAUCGAGGCGGGUCUGCGGACGGCCACGAAACUGGCGAACAAGCGGGAAGACACCCACGCCAGUGCGAGGGCGUUGGCGGAGAGGAGACAGCUCGAGAAUCACGCCUACCGGGGUGGCAAUGUGGUCGUGAUACGGUGUAACAGCGUGAGGGACUAUCAGACGAUGUACGACGAGGGCGUCCGACUCGGGGGCGGCACUGAGGAGGAAAGAAGAGGUGCAACGAAGUUCAUUGAGGAUUGUAGCCUUUAUAACUAUUCAAUGGUUAAGGCGCAGGUUGAUCUGGUCGACCUGCAGGGGAAGGCGCUGUACCGGGAGUUGAUGGACUGGGGGCACGAUAGCCCAUUCAGGAACCCGGACCUGGUGGGAGAUGCUGUCAAAUGGGUGCUAGACGAGCUGAGAAAGCAAGAAGAGAGUCAUGAGAAAGUGACUUUGACAGAGUAA